CCUACUUCCGUACACAAACGCUCGGGCUGAUGACGUGUACCAUUCUGUACCGUUAGCUAGCAGCUAGCCAGCUAGCUCAGCCACCUGUCAGAAUAAAGCUGUUGUAAAUAACCUCACGACACAAAGUAAGAGAGGAAGCGGAGCGUUCCGACAGCUCAGGGAAAAUGGAGACGCUUUACCAUCAGACGAACAGGCACAUCCAGGAGGUUCAGUCUCUGAUGGGAAACCUGGAGAAGACAGACCGUCAGUCAGUGCACUUGUUGGAGAAUGAACUGCAGGCUCGGACUGACCAGAUCUUCAACCAUUUAGAACGUCUCGAGAUUCUGGCCAGCAAGGAGCCAACAAACCGCCGUCAGAACGCCAAAUUACGAGUGGACCAGCUCAAAUACGAUGUUCAACACCUCCGCACUGCUCUGGAAAAUUUCCAGCACCGACGCUACACCAGAGAGGCCCAGGAGAGAGAGAGGGAGGAGCUCAUGAGCCGGACCUUCACGACCAACGACGCUGAUACCUCCAUCCCCAUUGACGAGACCCUACAGUUUAACUCCAAUUUGCACAACGCACACAGAGGCAUGGACGACCUCCUGGGCAGCGGCAGCAGCAUCCUCAACGGUCUCAGAGAUCAGAGAUCCACGUUGAAGGGGACCCAUAAAAAGAUACUGGACGUGGCCAACAUGUUAGGGCUGUCAAACACAGUGAUGAGACUCAUAGAAAGGCGAGCCACCCAAGAUAAGUUAAUCAUGAUCGGAGGAAUGCUGCUGACCUGCAUCUUCAUAUUCCUGGUGAUCAGAUACCUGGGCUGACCAUCGUUCGUCAAUAAGUUGUGGACAUUUCUGCAGCGUAUCGUCCCUCAUGAUAUGAAACGUGGCAGAGCUCAUUUUUAGAAUCAAAAUAAAGUAAUUUUUGUAUAAAUUGUGCCAUUUUAACAGUAUUUUAUUCCACGUGAAGCUCCGAGAGGACAGUGGACUUUCUGCUGCUUUCCUCAGAUUACUGCCACAACCUUAACUAUUUUUAUUUAAUCAUAACCACUCUGAAACUGUAAAUCACUUGUGACAGUACAAAAACAGUUUCUUAAAAACAUGCUUUUGCGUCAAGUGAAAAACAGUUUUUGUUCCUGUUAUUAUAUUGGGAGUGUCAUUCUGCAAUGGAAAGCACAGUUCAAUAGAGAAAUAGAAAUAUAAGUGUGGAAACACUCAUAAUCCUCCAUAUUUCUUUACAUCGCAACUCAAGAAAACUCCCUGGAGAAUCAUUUUCUGUUUUAAUGUCUCACUAAUGAAGUCAAAUGCAACAAUCCUGCAGUGAAUUCUUGUCAUGAAGGUUAUAAUAUUUGGUUAAUGAUGAAAUGGUCUUUUAAAGGUGUUGAUUGGAACUUUAUGAUCAUUUUUUAGGAUAUAGUUUGUGUUGUGUCUGAACAGUAUUGCAUCACACAAAGGUGUUUGUGUUAUUAAGCCUUCCCUCAUUAACAUAUGGUGAUUACUGCCACAACAGUUCAAACUACAGCCUCCAAAACUAUCGUACAGUUUAAUUAACGAAACAGUUUCAAGUAGAAGGGCGUUCAGAGAAUCCAUGAAAGAAAAGUUCCUGGAUCAGCUCCAGAAUUUAAUGGGUUUUUCCUUGCGUCAUUCCCCAACCCCCACAAUUUUAUGGAAAUAGGUUCAGUUGUUUGAGUAAUCUUGCUGACAUAAACAUAAACAGCAAUGGAAACACAACCUCCUUGGCAGAGGUUACAAAAAUGAAACAUGACAUUCAUGAAGUUAAGAUUCUCUGCAGGACUGAUGCAUCCGACUGUAUUUAGUUGAGCUGAGUGAACCUAAUCAAGUGGCAACUGUAUCUUAAGCACCAGAUGGUCACAAACAUCUGUUGAGAAAAGUGAUGGAAGCAGAUGUUAUUUUAUAAUUGUUAUAAACCUUCUCUUGGAUUCAUGUCUGUGUCUAGGCUCACUAUGUGAGUCAGGUCAUUCUCUUAAUAGAAUAAAACAUGUUUCAUUUCCUUUGAAUCUAA